AUGAAGCAUGAAACUGAGCUCAUUGAAGAUAGCUUGGCUCUUCCUGGAUUGCCAUCCUUCCCCUGCAAGGUUGGUUCAAGUGAGGAGGAAUUUGUAGACUCAGAUGAUGUUGCAAACAGCCGUCCACGUACCCGUCCUGCUGCAGUACAUAAUCUGCCUUUCGUAGAUUCAAAGCUGGUGAUGGCUUCUGCAGGAGUCAUGAAGCGAGAGUUCAGGCGGAGACAUGUACCAUACGGAUGGCUUCAGAAAUUGGAUCCAAGUGAGCCCGUUUUGCUGUUCACGAAAUCUCUGGAUCCAGAAAAGUUGGCAGCUGCGGGAAUUGUACCACCAUCAGAUUCUUCAAUACCGAAUGGUACAUCUGCGCACUCCUUUAACUUUCAUGGAAGGAUUGGCCGAGGAGGGCGAAUAAUAUUUGAUAGAUGGAACCCUCUUACACAUACCCCCAUUGACUGCGGUGGAAAGGAAAUUGCAAGUGUUGGGCAACAACCAUGA